UUUUUGGAUCUCAGUUCUGCAUUUGACACGGUUGAUCAUGUGGUGCUUUUAAAAAGAUUAUCGGUCUCGUUUUUUAUCGGUGGUGUGGUGCUUGAUUGGAGGGCUUCAUAUUUGACGGGUCGAGCACAAAAAGUAUGUUUUGGUGGAUUGGUGUCU